CACAAGAGGAAGAAGCAAUCAUGGAGGACCUGACAACUCUGGAUAGGAAAGCCCUCUUACAGCAGGGUUAUGCAGACAAUCCUUAUGAUGCACAGCGGAGUACAGGAAAAUCUGAUGUUGAAAUGGUGGCUGCUGAGAAGAAGAAACAGACUGUUGCAGAGCAAGUGAUGACAGACCACUUAUCCAGGGCUGUCAUCAGUGAUCCAGAACAAAAUGUAACCACUGGGAAACAAGAAAGUGCUUGUAUUCUUCCAGUUUCCAACAUAACACCUCUUCGAUUAAGGAAAAGAACACUACAUGAAACAAAGAUAAGAACACAUUCUACAUUAACUGAAAAUAUGCUUUCUAAUAAAGUACAGUUUGAUGGUAGGAUCAUAUCAAGAAAUGGACGUGAUGCGUGCAGAGAGCUGAUUGGGUUCUUUUUUACUCAUGAUCACUCCCUUACAGUUUAUGAAUAUCGGCAAUUUGGGAAAAAUAGAACAAAUGUGCUACCUUUUAUUCAAAAAAACAUUUAUAGUCAUCAGCGUGGACGAAGAAAAGGAAAACAAUACCAACUUGGUGAUUUUUAUGUUGGUGCAAACUUGACAUUUUUGAAUUCUGAUCAUCUCAGACUUCCAGAAAGCAUAAAAGAAAACACGUUACUUAUACUUCGAAUCACAAAUAUUGAUCAUAUAGCUUUGGAUUCUCUCAGAACUGAUUUUGUGGAACAUGAGGAUGAUAUAAACAGGCAGGAAGCCAAUGAUAGGUUGGUCUUCAAGGCCAUUCAAGAUGAGCUGAAAGAACAGCUACAUAAAAGAGGUGUCCGUAUUUUGACUGGAUUAGGAAAACACUUUCAACAAAUGGACCAAGAAGGAAAUGGACUUUUAGAUAAAGCAGAUUUUAAGCAAGCUCUAAAAGUAUUUCACUUAGAAGUAUCUGAAAAGAAUUUUGAGUCUUCAUGGCUGAUUUUGAAUGACAGUGGCAAUGGCAAGGUUGACUAUGGAGAAUUCAAACGUGCUGUUAUUGGUGAAAUGAAUGAAUACAGGAAAUCAUUUGUUCGAAAGGCCUUUAUGAAACUGGAUUUCAACAAAACUGGCAGUGUACCUAUUACAGACAUAAGAAAAUGUUACUGUGCAAAGAAACAUCCUCAAGUAAUUUCAGGCCAUUUCACAGAGGAACAAAUCAAAUCAUCUUUCCUAGAAACAUUAAAAGAUGCCUGCAACAACUCUGAUGAAGUGUCAUAUGGCGAAUUUGAAGAUUACUAUGAAGGUCUAAGUAUAGGAAUAGUAAACGAUGAAGAUUUUGUUAAUAUCUUACGUACUCCAUGGGGGAUUUAGUUUUUUUAAAUGAGUAUGUCAUUAGCACUAAACAUUUUAAAGGAGAGAUUAAUUCAUUGUAAAGUAUGAUCAAACACUGCAAUACAUUUUUCUAGGGCUCUCUUUAUUUUGUUUUCUUUUUUUUCCCCCUCACAAAGGUUGAGUCUGGAAAGAGAAAUAUUCAGAAAGAUAAAUGUAGGGAUAUAUGUAUGUUCAUGCACAGGUACGAGUGCUCGCCUAUCUAUAAGUUUGAAAAGAUCUGUCUUUUUUAUUUAUUACUUAUCUUGAAUCUAUUUCAGAGGUCUUUAUUUGUUGUACUUUAGAUAUGUUGUAAUCAUUCUUGCUAAAUUCUUGUAUAUUCUUCACUUCUCUUUGGAAAUACAAAGAAGAGAAAACUUUAGAGAGUUUCCAAGUUCAUAAUUUUAAAUUUUACAUGUUAAUAUAAAGUAAAAAAAAAUAGUGUUGAACAAAAUAAGUAGUUAAAAAAGGAAAGUGUAUACUUUGUAGAAUAUGACUUUUGGCAUAACUUUAUUCAUCUAUAGCCUUGACAACAUUAUCAGAAAUGUCAUGUGUGUGAACCCAAUAAAUUCAAAGUAGUACUUCUCAAGAUUUGUGGAAGUUCUAAAACUUACUAUUAAAAUAUCAGAAAGAGAAUAUAUAUAAACAUUUUAGUGCUAUUUUCACUAGCUAAAUUCUUUAUUUCUUGGGACUUUUUUCAAUUAAGUUAUUGUAAUUAAAACAUGUGCUGGAAGAUAGUUUGGCAGAUAAACAUCUUUAACAUUGUUUCUGGGUCACAUUCUUUUUCUUGGAAAAAUUUAUCCAGCUGUAGUCAUCUUAAUACAAAUUGAUGUUAUAUUAAAAUGAUUAAUACUGUGGAUGCUCAGUAUACAUGUAGUAUUUUUCACUGAUAAAAUUUUAUUUAGUUCUUAAUAAAUCUGUUCUGAAUAUUGUUGUCAUAUUUUUAUGUGAAUAUUAUCAGAAAAUGUACAGGCUGGCAUAUUGUAACAAAAAAGGAGGGAAUCUUCUGGACUUUAACAUAUUAAUAUGACGGCAUACUCUUAAAUGAACCUCCACCCUCUUAUUAUAAAUAUUCAUAUGUGCUUUUUGUAGGAAAUUUCUCUAUUUAGGAGAUGUAACUAACUUUUUUUGUAGUUAACUUCUUAUUUUACACUGUUAUUUCCAU